GUAUCUCAUCUGGUCUGACUGGGGAGCCCGACCCAGAAUUGAGGUCAGCGACCUUGAAGGCCAAAACCGUCGUAUCAUCGUGGAGCGGGACAUACUGAAGCCUAUGGGAGUAACCAUCGACUAUGUCCACGAUCGCCUGUACUGGGUGGACAGCGCCAAGUUUACCGUUGAAGCUGUCCAGCUGGACGGCCUAGGAAGACAACUCAUUCACAAAGUAGAAGAUAUCACCCUUACGGGAAUAGCUCUUUACCAAGAUUUUAUCUUCUUGACUGAGCGGAAAUUAGCUACAUUACGAGUGCUGGACAAGAAAACUCCCGUGAAAAGCUAUAAACUUGGGAGGAAUCCUUUUGAUAUCAUGAUGUAUGAUGGCAGUCAGCAAGCAGGGAACUCCA